AUGAUCUCAGGAAAACCUAAAGAUCGUCGAAAUCCUUUUGAAUAUUUAGUUCCUGUAUUUCUUGUAGUUCCUGUAGUUCAUGUAGUUCCUGAAGUUCCACUUUAUCUUGUAGUUCCUGUAGUUCAUGUAGUUCCUGUAUUUCUUCUUUAUCUUGUAGUUCCUGUAGUUAAUGUAGUUCCUGAAGUUUCUGUAUUUCCUGUAGUUCUUGUAGUUCCUCUCUAUCCUGUAGUUCCUAUAAUUCCUGUAGUUCCUGUAUUUCCUGUAGUUCCUUUAGUUCCUGUAGUUCCUCUAGUACCUGUAGUUCCUGUAGUUCCUCUAGUUCCUGUAGUUCCUCUUUAUCUUGUAGUUCCUAUAAUUCCUAUAGUUCCUGUAGUGCCUGUAAUUCCUGUAGUUCCUGUAGUUCCUGUAGUUCCUGUAGUUCCUCUUUAUCUUGUAGUUCCUGGAGUUUCUGUAUUUCCUGUAGUUCUUGUAGUUCCUCUCUAUCAUUUAGUUCCUAUAAUUCCUAUAAUUCCUAUAGUUCCUGUAGUUCCUGUAGUUCCUGUAGUUCCUGUAGUUCCUGUAAUUCCUGUAGUUCCUAUAGUUCCUGUAUUUUCUAUAGUUUCUUUUGUUCCUGUCGUUCCUCUAGUUUCUGUAGUUCCUCUAGCUCCUGUAGUUCCUCUUUAUCUUGUAGUUCCUGUAGUUCCUGUAGUUCCUGCAGUUCCUGUAGUCCCUGUAGUUCCUGUAAUUCCUGUAGUUCAUGUAGUUCCUGUAGUUCCUGUAGUUCCUGUAUUUCCUGUUGUUCCUGUAGUUCCUGCAGUUCCUGUAGUUCCUGUAGUUCCUGUAGUUCCUGUUGUUCCUACUUUUCACUACCAGCUGAAACCUCCUGAACCAACCAGACUGUUCCCUGCCAGCUGA